ACUAGCAGCGUGGGUGGCCGGAUAAUUCAAUGACUGAAACUCCUAACUGCGACAUUUAAUUAAAUAAAUAAUAACAAACGUUGCGCUUUUUUGUAAAAAAUAUAAAUUCAUAUGCGUAAUUAAAAUAUAUCCCAACUGUAUAAUUAGAAUAUAUGCAAGCUCACACGAAUGACCAUUAGAUAAUAUUUUUUUCCUGGAACGUAUGUAUAUGGGACAAACAACAAAGUUUAAUAAUGUAAUAAAUUCAUAUUGUUAUAUAGAAAUAUAUUAUUAAGCACCGAAUAUACUGUUGUAUAUAAUGUUUACCCUAACCUCAACGAUAUAACCUAAAUGUAUAUCAUGAUGUAUACAGUUUUACGUGGUUAAAUAGACUUAGAAUGCGACCCCAAAAAUUCCAACUCCCAUGCAACGCAGACAGUUUUGUACACACGGACAAGAAAGUUGUGAUCGUGUCUGUGUUUGGAAAAUCACAGUACCAUGCCAAAGGAUGCAAGACAAAUAUGCUCAGUUCGAUACUACAAGUGGGCCUCCUGGAUGAGGUGGAAGUGGACAAGGAAUCAUUUUCUGCAAUUGAGGGAUACUAUGAUUCCAAAGAGAGAACUGUGUACUUACACCUGAGAGGACUGUUAGACACUCACACACUCCUGGAAGAGUAUGAUAGAUUUGUAGAGAAGCAGGACUGCAAGGAUUUUCUAAGCGUCUGGGCCCACAUGAGAGACAAAUAUGCAAGAGCAUUGCUAGUCCUGUUUCACAUAUCUCACGUCAUUAUUCUUACACAUCCAACUCAUACAUUCGAUUAUAGUUACAUGCAUUUGUUCAGAGCUAUGGAUAUCAUCAGGCAGAAAGUUUCGCCACAGCUUUCCGACGUUCUAAGUUGCAUUUAUAGCUUGCCUAAGGAUUGGGUUUCGAACGGGAGACCCUGCUCGCCGCGAGUAUUAUUCUACUUCGAGACUUGUCCAGCUGUGUUUCAAGAUCCCAACAGCGGAGCCAAUAUAAAAAAAUUGGAACAUUCCUUGGAAGAUCAGAUCUACCAUGUGUUGAGGAAGAACCGUAUAGUGACCAAUAUUAGUUCAAACUCGCUGUUCGCAAUCCCUGCGAACCAGGAGUUCGUCUACGUGCACACUGGGACGACAGAGUCCAGGGAUAUACUCGGUUUCAUGGCAAGGAAAUUGAUACAGAGUUGCAAAGUUAGCUCAGGAGGGAGUACCUCCAGAAGUUUAGCUAGCCAGGAUUCGAAUAUUCAACAGGAGGACUCUGACACCGAGACUCGAUCGUUCAGAUCAUUUUUACAACAGCACAUAGACUUAGCUUUCGCGCGAGGGUUUGACGAUAACGUUGGAAGACAUUCUGUACCUGCUUACUUCGAGAUACCGAACGUUGCAAUAUUCUGCGAAGUGGCAAACAGAGUGUAUGAUUACUUCAUCCACGGGACAGAUAAAGAAUUAUCAACACUGCACAGCCUGUUGGAUACAGACGUAAAGUUCAGCAAGAGCAGAUGCAGCAAGGUGCUUCCACGAGCUCUGCAAACCUAUCAAGAGAACCUGCCUCAGCACUACACGAGGGCGUAUCACGAGACGAAGCUGGCUCACGCGAUGGCGGUGUUCGAGAUGCACGCGCGGGGUCCUCUCUUCGAGGAGUUCAGCGAAAAACUGCAAGGGGAAUGCGAGAAGCAUUGGAGGUCCGGUAGACAAAUGUGCGAGGUUUUAUCUUUAACAGGUAACCCGUGUACGAACCCGAUACACAGAGGAGGUAGCGAAGGCGCCGGUGGUGGAGAACAGGUGGAUCAGAGGGACAACGACAAUGAAUUACCGAUCAGAGAACAUUGCAGUGGAGUUCGUUAUAUUUGCGCGUGCAACUGUGGCCGUUGCCAAGGUUCUAGAGAAGAUCCGUUUAGUUUGAGACAGUCCAAUUACGAUUAUUUCCAAAUGCUCGCGAAACAGUGUGGCUGCGCGCAAUUGGAGAACAUACAGUUUCCAGUUUUCCAGCCGAGCACUCAUAAUUACAGGCCGGCGCAACUGUUCUCCACAAAGAGAAAGGAUUCUUUCAGCCACGUGGAAUCGUCCACGCCUCAGGGUAACACUCAGGCUUGUAGCCUAGGAGUUAAUAAUACGCUGAACGAUGAUAUUCGAACUCCGUAUGGUAGUGGUGGACAAUCACCACCAACCAGUGAAACUAACGAAGACGUACCUAAGCUUAGCAAUAAGACUAGUUUAACACCCAGCGAUGCGCACAAGGUUGUCAUCGAAGUGUCCGACAGCGACGCAGAGAACGCGAAAGAGAAAUCUUUGGUGAGGCAACCCUCGACAACGGAAUAUCUACCUGGGAUGUUGCACACAGAAUCGCCAGCUGGUUUAUUGCCACAGUUUUCGAGCUGGUCUCUGGUCUGCCUUGGACCCAGCAGUUUAUACUCUCAUAAUUUAGGUUUGCAACAUCAAGCUGGCGUUCUACCUACUUCCGCCUUUCUCUUACCCUGGGACGUAACCGUAAGAUUAGAACAUCAGAAGGAGAGAGGCUCCCUGUGGCCCACGAUAGGCGACCAUAAUUCUCACGGUUACAGUUCUCGCGGGAAGAAUUUUCAAAACAUGAACACGAUUCGAGGUCGAAAAUCGAAGGGUGGAAAAGAGUUCGUAGUGAAAAUAUUUGUCGGAGUGGAGUACGAGUGUCCACGAGGACACAGGUUCAUGGCGUCCGCGCCUGAUAAAGUUUUGAAAGCGACUGGGAAUGGAAUUGUUAAGGACAGUGGAAACAAAGUCACUUCGAGCACUGCAGACAUGCCGCUGUACUUCCCAUGCCCUUGCAGGCAAACGAAGCCGUUGAUCGCUCAGUUAAUGAGGAUUCAUGUAGUAACGCCGAAGGCACCGGUUCACGUGACUUUGAACCCCAGAGUGCAACCGGGACCUCCGCCCUGCCCGAUUUUCGUCACCGGUUGCGACGAACCCAUAAAAUUGUCGCAGAGCGCCUACUGGGUUUUGCGAUUACCAUACGUGUACAUGGACGAGAAGGGACCGUAUUUGGCACCGAAAGAACCAGUCCCAACGUCGCACGGUAGAUUAUUAGCAGGAAUGUACGGAAUAAGCGAAGUACUUCCAGAGAAGAAGUAACAUAGUAUUCAUUUUCAUUAAUUUAACGAUUUAUACGAAGUUUGUAAAUACUAACUUACCAAUAUAUUACGACAAAAACAA